AUGGUCGAUCACCCCGCUGCGAUCCGGGAAGAAAUAGACGUCCUUGACCGCGACCCCGGCGGGUAUUGGCACGGCGAUCCGUACCGUCUUGCCCUGCGUCUCGAUCACGCCCUCGCCCCCGGGGGCUUGGGCAGCGCAGCACGCCAGCGGUCGAACUGGCUACGCGUCGCCGGAUCGACCGCGCCGUCACCCCACCUUCAGUUGGGUCGACAGCGUCUGGGUCUCUCGGAACGCAGAUCGUGUCGGUACAGACCAGAUAGUCGGCUUCACCGAGACGGGCAGCGGCGUGCCCGGCGCCAUCCCCGCCAGCACCGACAGGUCGACGAGCAGCGCGAAGGGCCGCUCAUAGACAUAGUUCAUCACCCCGCGAUCUUCAGCCGACCGGGCACCGGAUGGCGCAGUUCGCCCCGCCGUCACGCCGGAGGCAAGGUCAAUGCGCCUCGGUCGGCAGGCCGGCAUCGCCGCCAUUCUUCCAAUAGCCGUGCCCCCCUUUCCGGCGUGGCGACGAUCGCCAGCGUCACCGUGCUGCCGGCCCGGGGCACGGCGCUUUCGGCCACCAGACGCAUCGGCAGAUGGAUCGCACCAGGCUCCGCCGAGGGGCGCGGUAUCGGCUGGCCGGGACGGCAGCGGCGAUCCCAUGAAUAUCGCCGUCAUCAGGAUGUAAAACCAACCGCGCAUCGGCCUUGCCCUAUACCCGUUUGGCGUUCCGCCAGCGCCGCCGUUCACGCUUUGCAUCAGGAUGCCCAUGACGUCGCUCCCCGUCGCGCUUCGCACCGCGCUCCUCGCCUCGCUACCCUCUUCGCGGCGCCCCUCGCCGCCCAGCAAGCAAGCCCGGGCCCGGCCCCGCGCCGACCAGCCUGA